AGCCACGCUUCGACAGACAAAACAUAACCUCGCGAGAUUUGUUGGCAACAAGCCCCAUCACGUGAUAGUCUCGUGACUGUUCGGGAAGCGUUGAUAGAGAGUACAAUACUGUCAGACAAAACAAAAAAAAAACUGCUCAAAUUUAAGCCUUUUUAUUUCAGCGAGUCACUCCAGAGGGAAGCAGAGAUGGACGACUCUGUCCGACCAUCGUCAGACUCCUCAGCUGGACCUCCUCCGUAUUUUAGAGGAAACGAAGGCUCGUUGGUUUCAGCCCUGAAGACUCUGCUGUUCUUCACCGUCCUGAUGGUCACGCUUCCCAUCGGACUCUACUUCACAUCCAAGGCCUACAUCUUUGAGGGCUCGAUGGAGAUGUCCAGUUCCGACAGCUACUUCUACGCUGCCAUCGUUGCUGUGCUGGCCGUGCACGUGGUCCUGGCCCUGUUCGUGUACGUGGCCUGGAACGAAGGGGUGCCUAAAAGCAAGGGCAAACACGAUUAAAGCCACCUGUAUCAGCUACUGAGGCCAGUGGAGAUGGACAGACAGGCAGGGAGCCACAACCUUUCUCCUCCCCUCCUCCACCCAUGGGCACCAACACUCAACACGGUACCAUCUAGAAGCCAGACAGCAGGGUUUGUGCUCAGGCUUUAACCCCAGGGCACAGCAGGAAGGGAGGGGGUAGCGGAGCCUGCUGGGUGAAAUUUCUCACCAAACCCAGAAGGUGUUCUUCAUCCGCUUCCACAGAAACGGAUCCGUUAGCUGAAAGAGUCUGUCUUCUGGUUUGACACCGUCCAUGUACAUUAAUGUGUCAGAAAAUGUCUGAUGUUUUUUUUUGACUGAUGCACACAUCUGCAGACUGUGUUGUAUUAUUUAUGGGUGAGUUUCUGUCCUUCAUUUUCAGACCUUGUCAGAGUGAAUUAAAGGUUUAAUCCUGCAUUCGAGAACAAAUCAGCCCGGUUUUCUGCUCUGGUUGUUUCCUGUAGUGAAACGCUUGAAUUAGAAAGGGUUGGUUUUAAUAAAAUGACUCUUUUGUACUGGAAAUGUUUGGUGAUUUGAAGGGAAGCGUUAGACGUUUUGAUGUGUGUUUCCAUGUAAUGUUUUAAAUAAACACCGUUAUCGCUAUUAGCCUUAGCUUCCUGAACAGCCUCUAUAUGGAGAAAAAGAGAAUUUGGAAUAAUGACUUAAGCUAGUCUUAUCAGUUUCGAUCUCUUAAGUCUAUGAGGUUUCUUAAUGCGGUACAGUUUUUAUUUAAUGUUAGGUGUUAGUGUUGUUUCCUAGCAUAAAUAAAAUGUAGCAUUUUAAGGAAUUUAGUCAAGUAUCCCAACGUCUACUGUGAAGCUGUCGGAGAUGUCAGGUUUAUUAGCACAAACCGCUGUGAGGCGGCAGCACUCCCCUUGCUCUGACUAGCCUCUAGCUCAUUAGUCCUGAAGGACAUGUUCUAGUUCUAUGAACAGAGGCUGUUCAGGAAGCUGUCUGCAGUGAGCUGGAGAGUAAAUAUUUAUAACGUACACAGGAACACACUUAAAAUAGCCAACAAGUCCCGUUUUUUAAUGUAAAUGCGAGUGUUGAAUAAACUUGAAAUGGUUGAAACGCUU